GGGGGCGCACUGUCAGACUGGGAAGAAGAACAGCAGGAGGUGGACGUUUUAUUGUGAAGGGGUGUUUCCGGUCAGCUCGCCGGUCAGCUCGCCUCGCGCUCGGAGAAGAUGAACGCGCCUCCCGCCUUCGAGUCUUUUCUGCUGUUUGAAGGAGAGAAGAAGAUUAGCAUUAGCAAAGACACGAAGGUUCCAAACGCGUGUCUGUUUACACUGAACAAAGAAGAUCACACUGUGGGCAACAUCAUCCGAGCUCAGCUGUUAAAGGAUCCUCAGGUUCUCUUUGCUGGUUACAAAGUUCCUCAUCCACUGGAACAUAAGAUCGUCAUCAGAGUCCAGACUACACCAGACUACAGUCCACAGGAAGCAUUUACAAACGCCAUCACAGAUCUGAUCAGCGAGUUGUCUCUGCUGGAGGAACGCUUCAGAGUCGCCAUCAAAGACAAACAAGAAGGAAUCGAGUGACCUGGCUCCACCCUCUAUGUUAUCACUUCCUGCUUGUGUAUUUUGAGAAAUAAAGUCUGAUGCCACAUUCUA